AUGCUGAACGACACCACCUCCUCCGACGUCCUCACCGUCGACCGCAACGCAACCCUCACCCUCGGCACCGACGCCCUCAUCGUGCUCGACGAAGGCCUGCGCGACCGCCGCCGCGCCGCGACGAAUUGCUGCGGUCUGCUGCCGGGCCGCGGCGGCUCGAAGACCACGCGCGCCAUCCCCUUCUAUCACGUCCUUUGGGCGGAGGUUGUGGAUUUUAAUGUGACGAUUCGGUAUGCGCGCUUGACGGGGAAGAAGAGCUGUCGCGUGGGGACGGUGAGUUAUGGGGUUGCGGACAAGGCGCACGCGGAGCCGUGGGUGGAGCGCUUGCUAAGGAAAGCGUAUCCUGCUGGCACGCAGAGGAGGCGGCGGUUUAAGGUGUUGAUCAAUCCUUUUGGGGGCCAGGGGUAUGCGCUUAAACUCUGGGAGGAGGAGGUCGAGGCUGUGUUUGCUGCGGCGGGGUGUGUGGUGGAUGUUGAGCGGACGGCGUACCGGGGGCACGCGGUGGAGAUUGCGGAGAAGAUCGAUGUCGAUGCGUAUGAUGUCGUGGCGUGCGCGAGUGGAGAUGGUUUACCGCAUGAAGUCUUCAACGGGCUGGCGAAACGAGCGGACGCGGGUCGUGCGCUGCGCAGACUGGCGGUUGUGCAGAUUCCGUGCGGGUCGGGGAAUGCGAUGAGUUUGAAUCUCAACGGGACGGACUCGCCUUCGCUCGCGGCGCUGGCGAUUGUCAAGGGGGAGCGCACGCCGUUGGACUUGGUGGCGAUUACGCAGGGAAGAGAGAAGUACUACAGCUUCCUGUCGCAGGCGAUUGGCAUUGUGGCGGAGAGUGAUCUCGGGACGGAGUCGUUGCGCUGGAUGGGCUCGCUGCGAUUCACGUGGGGCAUUCUCGUGCGCCUGCUCAGCAAAACGCUGUACCCCGUCGAACUCUCGGUAGUCCUCGACAGCGACGACAAGCGCGGCAUGAAAGAAGCAUACCGGCAAGCAGUCAGCGAGCACCAAGCCGCAAAAAGCAAACAGCUCCCAUCGUCCACCCACGCCGACAGCGACAGCGACCACCACGAGGACCCAACCGACGAAACCCCUCCCUCACCAGAACCAACUCUACAAUACGGCACCAUCGCCUCCCCCCUCCACCCCGCCUUCCAAACCCACGACCUCCCAACGCUCGGCAACUUCUACGUAGGCAACAUGUGCUGGAUGUCGCCGGACGCCUGCUUCUUCGCCACCGCGCGCCCCGCAGACGGCAAAAUGGACAUGAUCAACAUCUCCGGCACGAUUCCGCGCGCCACGGGGCUGCGCAUGCUCGCGACCGCAGGCGACGGCACGCUCAUCGAUUUCCCCGAAGUCAGCUACCGGAAAGUGCUGGCGUACCGCGUGACGCCGCGGAUGCACGCUACGCCGUCGAAGAGCCGCGGGCUGAUUUCGGUUGAUGGAGAGCGUGUCCCUUUUGAGCCGUUUCAGGCGGAGGUGGUGAGGGGGCUGGGCACGGUGUUGAGUCGGCGGGUGGCGCUUUAUGAGUUUGAUGGCGUGGAGGUGUGA